AUGAUCUAUUCAGCAAAAUCGGAUUUGGUUGCUGUGGAAACUGCCAAGAAUCUUGAAGUUAAGCUGAUCCGUCAAUUAGUUGACUCUGGAAUAAGCUUAAAUAAGUUGACGAAACUGAUUCUUCACAAACAAAAGAGCGAUUUGGCAGUUUUUACAUGGGUUAACGACGCCUGA